CAGUCACUGAGGAGAUCUUGGUUAAUCCACGAUUAUUUCUUAUGUUUACGAAGCUACGGACUAUUUCAACUCUUCGUUAAUCCUCUGCUGAUUUCUCAUCAUAUUAUAGAGCACUGGUCACUGAAUCCCGCUCUGUCUCUGUCCAUCACUUCUCAGUCAUGGCACGACAAAGCAGUCGCUUGCUUUCAAUGGGGUACUAUCAUAACGAUGAAGAACCUCUGGUUUCAUACAAGGAGAGCCCAUACAGGGUCUUUCGAAGGAAGAGGGGUCGCCGCCAUUCUGGAGCCAGCACCUUUUCAGACAUGUCGAGCACAUCUUUUGGUGACGACAUUGGCCACCUUCCUGCCAGCAACUGGAGGGGCAGAAACAGUUUCUGUAUGAGGUUUUGCCAGAAAAGAGUUUUCAGCCUCAUCUUCAUCAUCCUAAUGUGUUUUGGAGGAUGUCUAUACAAAAUGUAUGCUUCAAGCAGGACCCGUGUCAGUCAGGGUUUGGGGCGGCCAGAGAACAUGGACUCAGCUGGAAAUGAGGUGAGGAUGAUGCAGGCGCAGCUGACAAAGCUGCAGGAGGACAUGGCUGGAGCUGAUGUUAAGAUGAUGCAGAUGCAGCUAAAAGAGCUGCAGGAGGAGUUGCUCCGUCUGAGGAACAAGCUUCUUCCUGUGGCAGACACUAUGCCAAACUUUGCUCUGGAAUCACAGGGUGCCACUGUCCCUCAUUAUCUUAGCUCAGAAACCUAUCACACCCAGCCGCCACUUGUUACAUUUUGGGGGAUACCUUUAUGGUAUCCACCUGCAAACCCCCGGACUGUUAUCCAGGGACACUCCUCACCUCUAACUCCUGGUCGCUGCUGGGCCUUUGCAGGUAGACGAGGGCAUGUUUUUAUAUCCCUGUCCCACCCAGUCACCAUCACCCAUGUGACACUGGGUCACAUUUCAAGCAUGCAGUCCCCAGCUGGCUUCACUUACAGUGCGCCAAGGGAGUUUUCUGUCUAUGGAAUGAAGAAAGUGGAUGGUGAAGCGACCCGCCUAGGAACCUUUGUAUAUGAUCCAAAUGGGGAGUCAUUACAGACCUUCAAACUCCCUGGUCAUACAAAAGGUGUCUUCAGAUUUGUGAAAUUGCAGAUUGAGAGCAACUGGGGCCAUCCAGAGUACACCUGUGUGUACAACUUCAGGGUCCACGGGACAAUGCCAUCUGUAACCGCUUAGAGAAUAAACAU